AUGAAGAAUAAUCCGGAUGGUUUAGCUAAUCCAACCGCGAGAAAACUUCGUAUUAAUGUUAGAGCAAAUAAUAUUUCAAAAAAUCAAGAACAAAUUUCGAAUAUUGAUUCUUUAGCAGCUGGUUUUAGGGAUGAAGAUGUCUUAUUUGACAACCCUGCAAAUGAAAGCCCACCAAUUAAUCUAAAUCAGAGAAUGCUAUCGUCUGGUAUUUUUAUCCCUCCUCCAUUAACUGAUUCUCUUGCAAAUUUUGGUCCUUUGGGAGCUGAAAAUGAUAAAUUAGAUCAAUUUAAUAUGGAUUUUCAUAUUGAUUACAAUGCAACUGAAAUGCCGAAGCCUAUUUUAGAAAACGAAGAAGAACCACCAGCCAAUGGAAGAAGGCCGUCAUUAAUUUUAAAUCCUUCAAACUUCAACAGUUCUUCGAAUUUUCAAGGAUUUAAAUUUCAAGAAGACCUCAAUGAUUCUUCGUCAGAAGACUCUGUAAAUGCUCCUUUCGAUGCUGGAAGUGACUCAGAAAGUACUCAAACUUCUUCUCAAGUUCCUGGCUCAAAACAGCCCAUUAUACCUCCGGAAUUACAUACUCCUCCGUCGAAUUCGUUAUUCCGUCUUCCACGAGGAGAUAGUUCUUCUAUGUUUGAUUUAACGAAAUCUUCAACAAGACAUCGGAAAAAGCGAAGGAAAACAGCUAAAGAUGAACCUAAAGAAUCAAAUGAUGUUGAAUUGCAAUCUAUGGAAAAUUACGAUUACGAAGCUGCUUCUUUGAGCUUAUUUGGAAAAUCUUUGAAAAAUUUACAAGAAAAAGCAGAAAUUCCUGUUCAAGAAACCAAACCUGAAUCAUUUGAUUCUUCUCAGUCGAAAUCUGAGCAAGAAAAUGCUUCAGAUUCCGAAAUUUCGAAUUCCAACCAAGAAUAUUACGAAUAUACAAAUUCUGACAAUAUUUUAGAAGCCCAGCUACCAGAUGUUGUUGAACCAAUUGAAGAAGAUGACUUUGCUCCUUUCGAUAACCAUAAUAUUUCUACAACUUCAGAUAGUGAGAAAUAUGAUGCAAAAGAUGUUGAUAAUGAAGAACCCAAUGAUCAGCAAGAUUGGACUACAUUCAGACUUCCGUCUAUUCCUGUGGCUGACAAUUCCUCGUUUGAUAUUGAAUUAGAUACGGUAUAUUCAAUCUCCAAGCUUCUAUACGAAGUUAAAAAAUGUAAAUAG